AUGGCGCUCAAAGCUAUAUCUUUGAUGUCUGAAUCUGUAACACGUGCAAGUGUCUGUCGAGAGUUAAAUACGCUCUAUUUUGGUGAUCAUCCUAAUUUUCCUGAUUUUUAUGGAGCAACGUUAUGCGGAAGCCGACAUCUGCUUAUCCUUAUGGAGUACAUGGAUUUGGGUUCUCUGGAGUCGCUUCAACAGCAACUGGGCGGUUCAUUGCCCGAAGCAGUCCUCAGCCGUGUCGCUGAAGAGGUAAUGAUAGCGCUGCUGUUUCUGCACAAGCAGCUCAACAUGAUCCAUCGUGAUAUCAAGCCGGGGAACAUCCUGCUAAACAGCAAGGGAGAAGUGAAACUGACGGACUUUGGAGUGAGCGAUUACAAGGAUUACACUGGGGAAAUCCGAUCGUCCUGGUCAGGAACGACUUGUUUCAUGUCGAUAUCCUUGCAUGAAAUACAAUAG